UUCAAACUCACCUCCCAUUAUUCCUCAGUUCUCACUCCUCAUCUCUCUCCCUUCUCUGCAUUUCUUCUUUGUCUUAAAGAAGAAGAAAACAAGUUUCAGAUUGAAUAUACAAUUAUAGCAACUACACUACAUAAUCUACACACAGACACACAGUUGUAUUCAUCUUCUGAAGCUUCUCUCUCACUACCAUUUUACUUCAAAGCCUAAGCACCAAUUCAAAAUCCAUUACUUCAAUCUCUCGUCUUGUUCCAUAGAAAUGCGUGUACUCCAAUCGCAGCCACAAGCGCGUGUACAUUCAUAGAGAAGUUCGGGUUAGCUUUAGCUUGAGCUUGAGCUCGAGCUAGGUCGUUGAUGGCUUCAUCGUCGAGAGGUAGUCGAAGUAGUUCACCAUUUCAGUACCGUAGUAAAUCUUCAACUCCCUACUCUUCAUCUUCUUCAUCCUCGUCAUCAAUCAUGAACCCUAGGCUACUGCCGCGAUCUUACUCUUCAUCUACGACGUCGUUUUACGGCUCUUCAAAUGGCUACAAUUCCAGAUCCAUGAGUCGUUCCGAUUCGAUGUACUCGCAAGGUUACGAAAAUCGUACGCCAGUCAGUUACACGUCGGAAGCGGAAGAGGAGUUGAUUGAUGAACCAGUUGAUGAUAUGUCUAGAUCGGGAGAUAGCAUUUCAGUCACUGUCAGGUUUCGCCCAAUGAGUGAACGAGAAUAUCAGAAGGGCGAUGAAAUUGCAUGGUAUGCAGAUGGUGAUAAAAUUGUGAGGAACGAGUAUAAUCCAGCCACAGCUUAUGCAUUUGAUAGAGUGUUUGGACCGCAAACAAUUACUCAAGAAGUUUAUGAAGUAGCUGCUCGACCUGUGGUCAAGGCUGCAAUGGAAGGCAUACAUGGCACAGUAUUUGCUUAUGGAGUUACAAGUAGUGGAAAGACGCACACUAUGCAUGGAGAUCACAGUUGUCCGGGCAUAAUUCCUUUGGCGAUAAAGGACGUUUUCAGCAUUAUUCAAGAUACUCCUGGACGCGAAUUCUUACUCCGUGUGUCAUAUAUUGAAAUCUACAACGAGGUUAUCAAUGACUUGCUGGAUCCUACUGGCCAGAAUUUGCGUGUCAGGGAAGAUGCACAGGGUACUUAUGUUGAAGGUAUAAAAGAGGAAGUUGUUUUGUCACCCGGUCAUGCUCUUUCGUUCAUUGCUGCUGGGGAAGAGCACCGUCACAUUGGUUCAAAUAAUUUCAAUUUGUUCAGUAGCCGCAGUCACACAAUAUUCUCCUUGAUGAUUGAAAGUAGUGCCCAUGGUGAUGAGUAUGAUGGAGUGAUCUUCUCACAGCUCAACCUGAUUGAUUUAGCAGGGUCUGAGAGCUCUAAAACUGAGACAACGGGAUUACGGAGAAAGGAAGGAUCAUACAUAAAUAAAAGUCUGCUGACUCUAGGAACUGUCAUUGGAAAACUUAGUGAAGGGAAGGCAUGUCAUGUUCCUUAUCGGGAUUCUAAACUUACUCGCCUACUCCAAUCAUCGCUGAGUGGACAUGGACAUGUUUCACUCAUAUGUACUCUUACUCCUGCUUCAAGCAAUAUGGAGGAAACACAUAAUACGUUAAAAUUCGCAAGUAGGGCUAAACGUGUUGAGAUUUAUGCAUCACGCAACAAGAUAAUUGAUGAAAAGUCUCUGAUUAAGAAAUAUCAAAGGGAAAUAUCAUGUCUGAAACAAGAGCUUGAUCAGCUAAGAAGAGGGGUGCUUUUCGGUGUCAAUCAUGAAGAGCUUAUGAACUUGAGACAGCAGUUGGAAGAGGGACAAGUGAAAAUGCAGUCAAGAUUGGAAGAGGAGGAGGAAGAGAAGGCAGCUCUACUGAGUCGGAUACAGAGGCUGACUAAACUGAUCCUGGUUUCUUCAAAGAGUUCAAUUCCUGGUUAUUUGGGUGAUGCUGCUGCUCAUCAAAGGAGUGUUUCUGCUUCUGAAGAUGAUAAAUUGGACAGUUCUAUGCUCACAGAUAGCGAGAAUCAGAAAGACCCUUCGUCAGAUAGUUCUGAUUUAAAAAACAAAAGAUCCUCUAGCAAGUGGAAUGAUGAUCUAUCACAGGCUGGAAGUACGAUUACCGAAUUGGCUGAGAUGGGUGAACUUCUUGGCGGUUCUUCCUGUGGUUCAAAGCUGCCCAUAGAAGGUAUCUCAAUGGCAGAUGAAAUGGACCUCCUGGCCGAGCAAGUUAAGAUGCUUAGUGGAGAGAUUGCAUUCAGCAGCAGUACAUUGAAGCGGUUGAUGGAGCAAUCUGUAAAUGAUCCUGAGAGUUCAAGAACUCAAAUCGAAAAUUUAGAGCGCGAAAUACAAGAAAAGAGAAAUCAAAUGAGGAUCCUGGAACAGCGCAUUGUUGAAAACGGUGAAGCAUCAGUUUCUAAAGCAUCAUUAGUUGAAAUGCAGCAGCAGACUCUGAUGAAAUUGAUGACACAGUGUAGCGAGAAGUGCUUUGAGCUUGAGAUAACAUCAGCGGACAAUAGGAUUCUUCGGGAAGAGCUGCAAAACAAGUGUUCAGAGAACAAGGAACUGCAGGAAAAGAUUUAUCAUCUUGAGCAGCAGCUGGAUGCAGUUAAGGCUGAAAGGUCAUACCCAUUACAACGUGUAUCUGACGAAUAUGUUGAUGAGCUUAGAAAGAAAAUUCAGUCCCAGGAAAUUGAAAAUGGUAAACUGAAGCUAGAACAUGUCCAGAUCGUAGAGGAAAAUAGUGGGUUACAUGUACAGAACCAGAAAUUGUCUGAGGAAGCUUUGUAUGCAAAAGAAUUAGCAUCUGCUGCUGCUGUUGAACUUAAAAACUUAGCUGGUGAAGUCACAAAGCUCUCGUUACAGAAUGCAAAACUAGAGAAAGAGUUGUUGGCUGCUAGAGAGAUGUUGAAUUCUCGAAGUUCCAUUACACAAGCUGGUAACGUUGGAAGCCGAAAGCAUGGUGAAAACCUACGAUCAGGGCGUAGAAGUCGGAUCCCUGGCAGAGGAAGUGAAAUUCCAGGAGCGAUUCAUGAUGACUUUGACACAUGGGACCUAGACCCUGAAGAUCUAAAGAUGGAGUUGCAGGCCAGGAAACAGCGAGAGGCAGCUCUGGAGGCUGUCUUGGCUGAGAAGGAAGUUGUGGAAGACGAGUACAGGCAAAAGGUUGAAGAGGGAAAGAAAAGGGAGGCAGCCCUGGAAAACGAUUUAGCAAAUAUGUGGGUACUUGUUGCUCAGCUGAAGAAAGAAAGCUGUGCUAGGCAAGUUCCAAAGCUGGCAGCUGAAAGUCAGAAUGUAGAAGACAGUCUGAGUGAUGCAAAAAUCAAUGAUAUCGAUCACAAGGACCCGAUCCUCAUUGAUAGCCAAGCCGUGAAUCAUACAGCUUCCAUUGCUGAGGCUCCAAAGGUUGAACCGCUUGUUGCCCGCUUGAAGGCCCGAAUGCAAGAGAUGAAGGAAAAGGAACAUAGGUACUCGGGUAAUGGUGAUGCAAAUUCAAAUGUAUGUAAAGUGUGUUUUGAAUCACCCACUGCUGCAAUGCUUCUUCCAUGCCGCCAUUUUUGCUUGUGUAAGUCUUGUUCCCUUGCCUGCUUCGAGUGUCCCAUAUGUCGGACAAAUAUUGCAGAUCGGAUUUUUGCCUUUACUUGACAUUAUUUUUAACCUCAUGGUUAUGGUGAAAAGAAAGGUUUUCAUUGUCAACUCGCCUUUCAGAGACAUUCUUUAAUUAAUUCACCUGUAUUUUGUAACCUUACAAUGAUAUAUAAUUAUCCCUUGUGUACUUCUCCAACAACUGUAAAAUAAGACAGACCCAAAGAAAUGAAGGGAAGAAAGAGGAAAGGAUGUAAAUGAGUAGAGCUGAAGUCGUCAGGGAGGUAUUGUGGCAUAUUUAUGAUCUCUUGACCUUCAGCUGCAAUGUAUAGAACAAUACAAACUACCAUAUAGUUUUUGUAUCUGUAAAUUUGUGACUAUUUAUAGUUUUGCGGCUCUCUUUAUACUUGGCA